AUGAAAGACUUAGCUGAAGAUGAACUUAUUGUAGAUUUAACAGAUGAUAUUAAUGAUGAUAUGUUCACUGAUGCAAAAGAUAAUAACAAUAUAUUGGCCAGUAUAAAGGAUGAUAAUAAUGCAUUGAUUAGUGCAAAAGAUGAUAAUAAUGUAUUGGUCGAUACAAAGGGUAAUAAUAAUGCAUUGGUUGGUACAAAAGAUGAUUCAUCAGCUGGUAUAAAAGACAAUGAUUUAUUAGCUAAAGGUAAUUCAGAAAUAGACUUUUUAGACAAUUAG